UUACAGAAGACCGAGUCUCUUGUUUCCCUUUUUCCACCGCACAAUAUACCAAAAAUUAAUUAAAAAAAAAAAAAGGAAGAAGGAUCAAACCUAAUUGUCAAUUAAUCUGUGUUAUUAUUUUUUUCCUCUUGAAGGAAAUUUCUUUCUGGUUUACGUUGUGCCGUCUAAAAUCAUUUCUCUAACCCAAAGUGGAGAGAAAAACAAACCAGAUCAUUACAAGAGACUUUCUGUCUGGGCUGCCACUCCAGGAGGCUCUGUAAAUCAUCUCCUGGGGCUAGGCACGUUUCAAACUCUACUUCUCUUCUCCCACCUUUAAUCCUAUAUUCUUCUUCUUCUUCUUCUUCUUAUUUUCUGGUUUGUUUUCAUCCAGGCUUUAAUUUCCCUGUGUUCUAUGUCACCCCCACAGCAGUUUUCAGAAUUUUAAUGCCUUCUUUGGCAUGGCAAUGUAUCAUUCUUCCUUGUCGUAGUAAUCAGCAUUCUCCAUUAAGAGAAAUAUGGGAGACGUCUCGCCUAAAAAGAGACCUGGUUGUGGCCUAUUAAAUGUAGUGUUUGGAGGGCGAAGUUUUUGGUCAAGAAGACAUAUUUCUUCUGGCAAACUUCACAUGGCUAACGGUAAAACUUCUGCCAGUACUAAGCAGAAGAGGCGGAGGAGCGGCUCUAAUGAGGUUGCACUACUUUUAGAUAACGCAGUGCCCAUAUCAGAUGGCCCUCCAAACCCCAUCACAAAAGAUCUUGAUCACCCCAAGAUCUCUCCUGUACAACACCACCACCAUCAGCAGCAGUCUCCGCAGCACCAACAAAACUAUGGUCGAAAACCUGCAGAGGAAGCAAGAAAAGUAUCGCCAGUUCAAGUUCAUGUUAGUAACCAAAACUAUGGUUAUCCUGAUCAAGGCAGGAAGCUACAUAAGGAAGCAGUUGGCGUCUCCGGUGAGCUUGAAUGCAUGAUUAAUGAUCGCCAGAAGACUAAAGGAAACAGCACGCUUGUCCGGGCUUCAUCUAGCAAUGUCAUGCUUUUCGGCAAUUUAGGUAACCUGAGGCAAUCAGGUGUUGGCGGAGGUGGUGGUGGUGGUGGAGGAAAUACCAAUUCAUAUAAUGUUCUUGAUUACCUUCCUAAGACUGCAAGAGAAGCGAAGGAAACGUCUAAAUACCCCAAUAGCGUAAUGGGAAAUGUAGUAAAGAAACCACAUGAAGUUGAAGAUCAGAAACCAAGUUCAGACCAGCCUGGAGGUUCCUUAAGCAGGUCUCUUUCUACUAGAAUGGACCCUGAACAAUUGAAAAUUAUGGGCAAUGAAGAUUACAAGAAUGGGAAUUUUGCAGAGGCAUUGGCUUGGUAUGAUGCAGCAAUCUCCAUCGCUCCCAAUAAAGCUUCUUAUCGAAGCAAUAAAAGCGCUGCGUUAACAGCUCUAGGUAGGCUUAUUGAGGCUGUUUUCGAGUGCAGAGAAGCCAUCCGAAUUGAACCUCAUUAUCAUAGAGCUCACCAUCGUUUAGCAAAUUUAUAUCUCAGAUUAGGAGAUGGGGAAAAAGCUAUGUAUCACUAUAAAAAUUCAGGGACAGAAGCUGAUCAUCAAGACAUUGCUAAAGCUGAAGCUCUACAGGUCCAUCUCAACAAGUGCACGGAGGCUCGAAGACUGCGAGACUGGAACACCUUGAUCAAGGAGACACAGUCUGCCAUUUCUUCUGGUGCAGAUUCAGCACCGCAAAUAUAUGCAUUACAGGCAGAGGCCUUGAUAAAGCUACGUAGGCACCAAGAAGCAGACGAAGCAUUGACGAAGGGUCCAAAUUUUCAAGAUGACGAGUGUACCAAAUAUUUUGGCCCUAUUGGUAAUGCAAAUUUGUUGGUGGUACGAACGCAGGUCGACAUGGCUGUCGGCAGAUUUGAUGAUGCAUUGUUGGAGGCUCAACGAGCAACAAAGCUUGACUCAAACAAUAAAGAAGCAAACAUGGUAAUGAGGAAGGCAAAAGCUGUGGCAGCUGCUCGAUCAACUGGAAAUCAGCUUUUCAAGGCAGCGAAAUUCUAUGAAGCAUCUAAUGCAUAUGGAGAAGGACUUGAACAUGAUCCUUACAACUCGGUUUUAUUGUGCAACCGAGCUGCCUGCCGGUCCAAGCUUGGUCAAUAUGAAAAAGCUGUGGAGGACUGCAGUAUUGCUCUCAAUCUGCGCCCUAAUUACACCAAAGCUAGACUAAGAAGAGCAGAUUGCUACGCCAAGUUAGAAAAAUGGGAAGCUUCAAUAGAAGACUACGAGAUCUUGCAUAAAGAAGCACCAGACGAUGAAGAGGUGAGAGAGGGAUUGUCAGAGGCCAAAGCGCAGCUCGAGAAGCAUUGGAGUCGGGACAUGGAAGACAAGAUGAAGAAUGACGCAGAUUGAAAUUAUUAAUUAAGGGGCCCGAGCAAUAAGGGUAGAAAAAGAAAGAAACCUUUGCAGCAACCUGUAGCAGCUUUGAGGACUGUAGAAUCAAGAACCGUGGGACUUGUUAUGGCUGCCAUUGUUGGGUAACAUAUGAAAAGGAGAAAACAUCAUCGGAUUUGACGAGGAAAAUCGUAUAUUUAGAUAGAAAUACUGGUCCUGUAUCUAGAGUGUGAUGUACAUUAAACAUUCUUAGCACUUUUUUUGUUUCCCUUUCUGGUUGUUUGAAAUUUCAUUUGGGAAAAUUUAUUUGA